GACAGUCACUGAGCCGCAGGGCUGACUACUGCUUCCAUUGAAUAUACAGUAACCAUGGGCAGCAGCAUUUAGGUGGCCACGCCGCUGCCUGCACGGGAAAGGACCCCGCCGUUGCCUUAGCAGCGCGCGACCAUUUCCCUAACCAGCAGGACGGAGGCACGCCCCUAGCAACCGCUGUGUGUCCUUAGCAACCAGCAGGCAUCUGCCAGCAAGCAAGAUGGCGGAGGAGGAGAACAGGUUCGUCAGACCCAAAAGGAUCUUUAUUAACAGCCUGGACUCGUACGCUGCCAGGAACAUCGGUCAGUAUUUAUCAGGCUGCAUCGUUGGAGCUUCCCUUGAAGAAGUAGAAGACGAUGAAAAAGAAGAAGAGAACCAGUCAGCUGAAGAGGAUGCAGUGGACAGUAAACAGAAGCAGGGUCUCUUCCAGGUAGUAGGGACUCUGUCCAGUCCUCUUGGCCAGAAGCUGAAUUUUCCUGUGGAAACUUACACGAUCUCAAGUAGAGAUGAACUAUUAAGUCGUCUUUUGGAGAGCGAUGUCAUCAUUUACAACAUCACUGAAGACCCUUGCCAAAUCGAUGAGGCUUCGUGGGCUGCAUCAGCACUGCACACCGAGAUCGAAAACUUUGAGAGCCAAAAAAUCUUUAUAUUGCUAUCGACCGUCAUGACCUGGGCGCGAAGCAAACCUCUAGAUCCGGAUGAUCCAGAAAUCCCGUUCACUGAAGAUGACUAUAGAAGAAGACGAUGCCACACAAACUUUAAAGAUCAUUUAAGUGCUGAAAAGCUGAUAAUUAAGCUGGGGAAAUCGAACAAGGGCAAAUUCUCAACGUACGUGAUCGCCUCCGGGCUUCCGUACGGGGCAGAAGAAGGUAUCCUUCAUGCAUUCUUUAAAGAAGCGUGGUUGGGAACGACUCCGGCAUUACCCGUCUUUGGAGAAGGCCAGAACGUCUUCCCGCUGAUUCACAUCACUGACUUGGCCGGUGUGAUACAGAACAUUGUGGACCGGAGGCCAAGGACCCACUAUCUGGUUGCAGUAGAUGAUUCCACGCACACACUGGAGGAAAUUAUCAAGUGUAUCAGCCUCCACCUCGGCCCUGGAAAAGUGCAGAGAGUAUCUAAGGAGAUGGCGUUCCUGGAUAAAGAGCUAACACAACUGGAGAUUGACCAUUUACUGGUGGAUCUGCGGAUGGAAGCCGUAUUCCUGAAAGAGAACUUCAAUAUUAACUGGGUGUCUCAGAAUGGACUGAUAGAGAAUAUAGAGCUGAUCGUCAAAGAGUAUAAGCAGAGCCGAGGGCUUCUGCCAAUACGUAUCUGCGUCCUUGGCCCUCCAGCUGUGGGAAAAACAACCGUCUCAGAGUUACUGUGCAAACACUACAAACUGCAUCACAUCAGUGUCAAAGAUGUUGUCGCAGACGCCAUUGCCAAUCUGGAAAGACUGGUGAAAUCCCCACCAGAAGAGGAAGAGGAAGAGGAGGGAGAGGAUGGGCCGGAGACAUGGCAGGAGCUGCUGGACUCUGUGAGAGAGAACAUGGAACAGAAUGGAGGGAAUCUGGAUGACAGCUACGUGAUCAGGUUCAUGAAGGAGAAACUGAAAUCCAUGCCUUGCCAGAACCAGGGUUUUGUCCUUGAUGGAUAUCCUGCAACCUAUGAACAAGCCAAGGAGCUUUUCCACUCGGAUGAAGAGGCAGAAGAGGAGGAGAGCAGGGGAAAAGCUCCACGCUUCAAUAAUGCAAUCACCCCAGAGUAUGUUAUUUCAUUGGAUGCGACUGAUGAGUUCCUUAGAAGGCGGGUGAUUAACCUCCCAGAGAGUGUAGUUGCCGGAACGGACUACACUCAGGACCGGUUUCUGCCCGCUCUCGCCACAUUCCGGGAAUUAAACACCGAAGAUGAAACCGUCCUCAACUACUUUGACGAGGCUGAAAUCCACCCCCUGCAUAUUGAUGUCACUAAAGAUGAUGACCCAUUGUACAGAGACAUCUUAAAGGAGAUUAUUAAGGCUGCUGGCGAACCUCGGAACUACGGCUUGACCCCAGAAGAGUUGGCAGAGCAGGAACUGAAGGAGGCAGAGAAAAGUCUGGCUCAGCAGGCGGAAAGAAAAGCUGAACUGGAACGGAGAGAGGAGGAGGAGGAUGCAGAGAAGAUCGCACGCUGGGAGGAGUGGAACAGUCGCCUUGAAGAGGUAAAACGCCAAGAACAAGAAUUACUGGAAGCCCAGUCAAUCCCUUUACGGAAUUAUUUGAUGAAGAACGUCAUGCCGACGCUGAUAGAGGGACUAAACGAGUGCUGUAAGGUCAGGCCAGACGACCCUGUUGAUUAUCUGGCAGAAUAUCUGUUCAAGAACAGCCCUCAGAUACAGUGAGGAUGUUUUACAUAUACAGUAGUUGCUUAUUCAAUAAAAUGUUUCCUAUUACAUGAAA